AUAAGACAAGGACGUAGUCUAUCUACACUUGAUUUGAAGUCAUGCGUGUCGAUUAUAUUUCCUGUGAGAAACAAAUUGCAAAAUGCAAAUAAGCUUCACAGUUCAACUGUAUUUAGGAAAAUAAUUAACGGUAUUGUGAAUUAUGUAAUUGACAAUGUAUUCGUUAACAAGAAGUGGAUACGCUUUAUUUGUGGUUUUUUUCAUGUUUCGUGGAAGUUGUGAAACUGUGGAAGAAUUCUCCUCACUCUAUUUGAAACAGCUGGGCUACGAUUCAUUUUAUAUUGGCUUAAUGCCUUUGUUUGGUCUAGUGACACAGUUGACUGGCGUUCCUGUUUGUACUUAUUUGGCUGAUAAAUUUCGACUCCGUAAAUUUACUUUGAUUCUGGCGACACUAAUUUCUAUACCUGCAAUCAUGAUGUAUUUGAUUCCUCAAGCGACAAGUUCACCAUGUAAAACAAAGAUACGGAAUUACGAAAGCAUAAGUUUUCAUAACAAAACCCAAACUAAAUUCCUAAACAGUUCAUUCACAAUCACAAAUCAAAGAACUCUACCACAUGGUAUCACUAACAAUUUUAACGAGAGCACAAACCUUAAUGAGUUUUCGUACUAUCUGGGAAAUUCGUCAGUAUUCAAAAACAGCAGCCAACGAAAUCAUGGUAGAGAUAAACUUUGGUAUUUUUUGCUUUUGUGUAUUCUAAAUGGAAUAUUUGAGCUUUGCAGAAGGGUAACAAUUGGAAUAAUGAAUAGUAUAGGAAUAAAUCAUGAAAAAGAUAUGAUAUGUAAGUUUUCAUACUACUUGGGAUGCGGAGCUGCUGGGUCAGGAAUUGCACUUUGCGCCGUGGCUCUUGUUGCUGGACAAUUUAAAUAUAGUAGAUGUGGCAUAGAAGUACCAAGUUAUUUUGUUGCAUUUCCAACUGCAGCAACUUUACAGUGUUUUAUUUUACUAGGGGUAGCAUUGUUGAAGUUUGAUUACAAGGAUAAUGCAGAGAGCAUCAACUAUAAGAAAGCAGUAUUAACAUUGCUGAAACCACACAACAUUUUCAUUUUGUGUAUAGCUUUACAUGUGGGUGCAUGUAAUGGGUUUUUAACUCGUUGGCAGUUUUGGUACAUGGAAAAACUUGGUGCAAGUACGACAGUCAUGGGUGUUGAGGUAUUGUUAAAGAGGUUGAUUAUCUUGAGCUUUUGGUUUCUGACCACUGGUUAUGUCCUCAACGCAUUUGGCCAAUACGUCACAAUGACACUUUCUCUUUUGUUAUUUGCAGUUGCAUUUGUUCUUCUUGCGCUUAUUAAGAACCCCUGGUUUGUUAUUCUGAUUGAUAACUUUGAAAUUUCUGCCUAUGCGUUUUUCUAUACAGCUGCUGCGUUUCACUUCUCAAAAGCAGAAUCAGAAGCGUUAUCUUCAUUCAUUCAAGGUGUGUUGACUCUUACCAUGAAUGGCGUGGGAAAAGACGUUGGCUCGAUAUUGACAGGAUAUCUAUUUAGAGAAUGUGGCAUUAAAACAACCUUGUGUGGAUACUCAGUAAUUUCUUUUGUAUGGUUCAUAUUUCUGGCAGUUUACACUUUCAGCAGUAAAGAGGCUCAUAACUACAAGAGAGUAAAAACAGAAGCUGAGAGUGAUAUCGAUGAAGAGAAACUCCCAUAAUAAAAACUAUUUCAACUUACCAUUACUGAAAAAGGUUUUGUCAGUAAAUAGGUUAUUUUGUGAUGCAAAACAUGUACUACUUAUUUACCGCUGUGCCUGGUGGCCUGGUAAUGUAAUUUUUAAUGAAAAUUUUAUUGCUCGUUUGCUGUAAUCAGCAAAGUAUCGAAUCAAUUAAAAUGAAUGUCAUGCUUCAAUUUUGCAAUUAA